CUUGAUAUAGCCCAGCCAACAUUCAUCCCUGCUUUACAGUUUUGCUUUGCAAUGGCAAUGCUGCUCUUCUUAGUGAUGCUGCAACUCUUCCCAGUGAACUGUCUGGACUUCAUUCAGGGGCGCAUUGUCGGUGGAUACACCCCAUCGCCGAAUUCAAUCAAAUACAUUGUAUCGAUACAAAGCUCCAAAGGGGUGCAUUUCUGCGGUGGAUGUCUGGUCCAUAAAUACUGGGUGCUCACAGCUGCUCAUUGCAAUGGGGUGGUUGACAUGAUGGUGGUGGCUGGAGAUUUUACUCUGGGUACUUAUGAGGGAACCGAGCAGUUGUCCAAAGCUCAGUCUCUGAUUCCACAUCCACUGUACAACAGGAGCACUAAUAAUGCAGACAUCAUGCUCAUAAAGCUUAGUGUGCCCAUAGAGGUGAACAGGUACGUGUCCCUCGCCCUGCUUCCCAAACAGAACGCAGGGUUGCUGGCGGGCAGGAUGUGCCGGGUGUCUGGGUGGGGCUCCACCAGCCACAGUGGAGGUCAAAAUCCCCUUACUCUCCAUACAGUCAAAGUCCCCAUCGUCUCUACUGCCAAGUGCAAUGGCAGUGAAUCUUUUAAUGGAAACAUCACAGCCAAUAUGAUCUGUGCAGGGACCAGCAAAGGGGGAAAAGAUGCAUGUAAGGGGGAUUCUGGUGGCCCUUUGGUGUGUGAGGGACGGGUCUAUGGUCUCGUCUCUUGGGGAAAUGGCUGUGGAGAUCCCAAAUUUCCAGGAGUGUACACAGCCGUUUCCAGGUUCCGCAAAUGGAUUGACCAAACCAUAUACAGCCCGUACUUAAAAUGCAUGAAGCCAUGAGAUCAAACUUUACUGUACUUAGCGAACAGGACAAUUUAGAUUUAAGCACAUUGAACUACAUGAUAAAAUGCUUUUCAAAUACAUUUUUAUUUCUUACAAUUGUUUAAUAUAGAACAGGCUAAUGCAUACGUAUCCUCAACGUUAAAAUUUCAGUCAAGCCGACUGUCAAUAUGUAAUGUUUAGAUUGUCUAUUAAGCAAUAAUAAUAAUACUAAAGUCAAGCUCACCAAACCUGAACAUGCAGUGAAAUGGAUGUGAAUGUAGUGUAACCUCGGCUGAUUA